GGGCGGUGGCGGCGGCUCCUGCUCCGGUUCCUGCUACUGCUCCGGCUCCGGCUCCGGCUCCUGCUUCUUCUCCUGCUCCUGCUCCUGCUCCUGCUCCGGCUCCGGCUCCGGCUCCGGCUCCGGCUCCGGCUCCGGCUCCGGCUCCGGCGGGCGCUCGCUCGCUCCCUCCAUGCGCGGUGCGCGGCCAGCCGCGGGGCUUGCGCAGCGCGGCGGCGGAGCGGAGCGGUGAGCGGCGGCAGCAUGCGGCCGGGGGAUGUCUGAGGCGGGCGGUGCGGCGGCGGCGGCCGCGCUGCCCCGGCGCCGUGCCGGAGGCAUGCGGGCGGCCUGGGGCUCCGUCUGGUGCCUGUGGCUGGCGGCGGCCGUCGGCGGGAUGCCGGCGGCGCGGCGGGGCGGCGGCGCGGCGGCGGAGAGGAGCGGCGGGCAGCCGGCAGAAUACUUGAGGAGCGAGACCGCCUUUCUGGAAGAGUUGGUGUUUGGAAGUGGAGAUACCAUUGAACUCUCCUGUAACACCCAAGGCUCUUCAGUGUCUGUUUUCUGGUUUAAAGAUGGUAUCGGGAUUGCACCUACCAACAGAACUCAUAUUGGACAAAAACUGUUGAAGAUAAUCAAUGUGUCAUAUGAUGACUCGGGGCUGUAUAGUUGCAAGCCAAGGCAUUCCAGCGAGGUCCUGGGAAACUUUACAGUCAGAGUUACAGAUUCGCCUUCAUCAGGUGAUGAUGAAGAUGAUGAUGAUGAGUCAGAAGAUACAGGUGUCCCCUUCUGGACCCGGCCAGAUAAGAUGGAGAAGAAGCUGCUGGCAGUUCCCGCCGCCAACACCGUUCGCUUCCGAUGUCCGGCGGGUGGAAACCCAACUCCUUCCAUCUACUGGCUGAAAAAUGGCAAGGAGUUCAAAGGAGAACAUAGAAUUGGGGGCAUCAAGUUGCGACACCAGCAGUGGAGCUUGGUGAUGGAGAGUGUUGUGCCGUCAGACCGAGGAAAUUACACCUGUGUUGUGGAGAACAAAUACGGCAAUAUUAGGCACACGUACCAGCUUGAUGUAUUAGAAAGGUCACCCCACCGACCAAUCCUACAAGCAGGGCUCCCUGCCAACCAGACUGUGGUGGUAGGGAGCAAUGUAGAGUUUCACUGCAAGGUCUACAGCGAUGCCCAGCCUCACAUUCAGUGGCUGAAACACGUGGAAGUCAACGGUAGCAAAUACGGACCUGAUGGGACACCCUAUGUCACGGUGCUGAAGUCUUGGAUCAGUAAAAACGCUGAAGCCGAUGCUAACCUAAAUCUGUUCAAUGUGACAGAACAAGAUGAAGGAGAAUAUCUGUGUAGAGCCAACAAUUUCGUAGGCAUAGCCGAAAAACCAUUUUGGCUCCACAUUCGCAAACCAAAACCAGCAGAGGAGCUCAUGGAAAUGGAUGAUUCAGGCUCAGUGUACGCUGGCAUUCUCAGUUAUGGCACUGGCUUUGUUCUCUUCAUCCUCGUGCUGGUCAUUGUGAUUAUCUGCAGGAUGAAAAUGCCAAACAAAAAAGCCAUGAACACCCCCACUGUACAGAAAGUCUCCAAAUUUCCACUCAAGAGACAGGUAACAGUGUCGUUGGAGUCCAACUCUUCCAUGAAUUCCAACACGCCCCUGGUCCGGAUCACGCGCCUCUCCUCCAGUGACGGGCCGAUGCUAGCCAAUGUAUCUGAGCUGGAACUGCCUCCUGAUCCCAAGUGGGAAUUGGCACGCUCCCGCCUGACCUUGGGGAAGCCGCUCGGCGAGGGGUGUUUUGGCCAAGUGGUGAUGGCAGAAGCGAUUGGCAUUGAUAAGGACAAGCCAAACAAGGCCAUCACAGUUGCUGUCAAGAUGUUAAAAGACGAUGCCACAGACAAGGACCUGUCUGACCUGGUCUCUGAAAUGGAAAUGAUGAAGAUGAUUGGGAAGCACAAAAACAUUAUUAACCUCCUCGGUGCCUGCACGCAGGACGGACCGCUCUACGUGUUGGUAGAGUACGCGUCGAAGGGGAACUUGCGGGAAUACCUCAGGGCACGUCGCCCACCUGGCAUGGACUAUUCCUUCGACACCUGCAAGCUGCCGGAGGAGCAGUUGACAUUUAAAGACCUGGUUUCCUGCGCCUACCAGGUGGCCCGUGGCAUGGAGUACUUGGCAUCUCAGAAAUGCAUUCAUCGCGACUUGGCAGCCAGGAACGUGUUAGUCACUGAAGACAAUGUGAUGAAAAUAGCUGAUUUUGGCCUUGCUAGAGACGUUCACAACAUCGACUAUUACAAGAAAACCACCAAUGGUCGGCUGCCUGUGAAAUGGAUGGCUCCAGAAGCCCUGUUUGACCGGGUCUAUACUCACCAGAGUGAUGUCUGGUCUUUUGGAGUACUACUAUGGGAGAUCUUCACUUUGGGAGGCUCUCCAUAUCCGGGAAUUCCUGUUGAGGAACUCUUCAAACUCCUGAAGGAAGGCCAUCGGAUGGACAAACCCGCAAACUGCACCCAUGAUUUGUACAUGAUCAUGCGGGAGUGCUGGCACGCCGUCCCCUCGCAGCGGCCCACCUUCAAGCAGCUGGUGGAAGACCUGGACAGGGUCCUCACCGUGACGUCCACCGAUGAGUACCUGGACCUCUCGGUGCCCUUCGAACAGUACUCACCGGCUGGCCAGGACACCCACAGCACCUGCUCCUCGGGGGAUGACUCGGUCUUUGCACAUGACCUGCUGCCCGACGAGCCCUGCCUGCCCAAGCACCCUCCCUGCAAUGGCGUCAUCCGGACGUGAGGGCACCCUGGGCAGACGGACGGACAGGUGGACAGGUGGGCAGGGUGCCCACGGAGGCACGAGGGUGGGGCACCAAGGAUGAAACCGUAGUGAAGGAUCUUCCAGUGGAACUGCGUGGUGGUGCCUGGAGAUUUGUGGUGGUGUUGAGCUGUUCAGGGUGAAAAAAAAAAGUUAACUUUCUUGGGGGUUUUGGGUUUUUUUUUGGUUUGUUUGUUUUUUUUUUUUCCCAUUUGCUGUAUAAAAAGUCAAGAAGCACUGUUUGGCCUCAAGGAACUAAUCUAUUGCCAAGAUGACCUAUCAUAUAUGAUAUUUUUUGUUUAUUUUUAAUUUUUGGAUGGUUGUUUUUUUUUUUUAAUACUAAGGAGAAUGUUGAACCUGGGGGGGGCGCAGACCUCCCAGCCUCCAUGCUUGCAUUUUGAGUGCCAGAGUAGCCGUUCUGUGCCUGCAAUACGAAGAAGAGGAAGAAAAAACCUUUCCUUUUAAAAACAAACAAACAAAGUGUAAAGAAUGUAGAAAUUCUUUGCUUAUGCAAUCUGUACAUGAACCUUUUUGGUGGAGCUGAAAAGCCACGUUGCCUGCAGGGAUUCAUAUAUUUAUAAAAAUA